CUUUCACUUCCAUUGUGAUGCUCCGGCUCACACUCAGAGUUUGGAGUUGGUACGAGUGCGUAGAAGGUGGCGAAAAACAUAGAUUUUCUGUUGCUUGUACAACACUUCAAUCUGCUUUUAUUGCUCGAUGGAAAGUGCAUUAAUGCAUCCGUUAAGUAUUUUCGUCGGGAUCUGUUUCCAUGAAGAGACGAAAUCGAUCGGCGAAGUUGAAAAGUAGCCUACUCUCUUCUGAAGUUUUUCCAAGACCUGCAACGCGAAUUCCCAGUUUACUAUUCAACGACCCAGCCAUCAUGGCGAGGCGGGUACGGAAAGGAUCCGUGAUUUUAAGUCGAAUUGUUCCGUCGCUUUGGAAUAGGUCUACUCUACUUCAUGGGGAUAAAACAGAAGUUGUUACAUGGAGCUUUGUGGUUGUCCUGAGUCUUUUAUGUUGUGGAUUUUGUGGUGCUGAAACGGAGUUUUCAAUCAUGGAUGAAGCACAAGUUCUGGCCGUACAAAUUAAGAAACUAUCCACACAGGAGCUUGGAGUCUUUACCAUGCAGAGAAUCUUUGACUCCUUUGUGUACACCGAGAAGACUUCAAACGGCGAGACUGAGGUGCAGCAGCUGGCCAAGAAGAUCCGUGAGAAGUUCAACCGCUAUCUGGAUGUGGUGAACAGGAACAAACAGGUGGUGGAGGCCUCGUACACAGCCCACCUCACGUCCCCACUCACUGCCAUUCAGGACUGCUGCGCCAUACCCCCCUCCAUGAUGGAGUUUGACGGCAAUUUCAACACAAACGUCUCCAAGACCAUUUGCUGUGACCGCCUGUCCCCAACAGUCAGCAGCCGGGCAUUCAAUCCAGGACGAGACCUCAAUUCAGUUCUGGCAGACAACCUGAAGUCUAAUCCGGGCAUCAAGUGGCAGUACUUCAGCUCUGAGGAGGGGAUAUUCACUGUCUUUCCAGCCCACAAGUUCCACUGCAAGGGCUCCUAUGAGCACCGCAGCAGGCCGGUGUAUGUAUCAGCUGUGAGGCCUCAGUCGAAGCACAUCGUGGUGAUCAUCGAUCACGGGGCGUCAGUGACCGAGACGCAGCUUCAGAUUGCCCGGGAUGCGGCUCUUGUCAUCCUCAAUGCCAUAGAUGAACACGAUAAGAUCUCCAUCCUAACAGUGGCAGAUGCGGUGCGCUCCUGCGUUCUGGACCAAUGCUAUAAGAGCUUCCUGUCUCCAGCCACCAGCGAGACCAAGAGGAAGAUGGCCACCUUCAUCAGCAACGUGAAGGCCUCGGAAAGCGCCACGCAGCACGCCGCCGGCUUCCAGAAGGCCUUCCAGCUGCUGCGCAACACUAGCAACGUCACCAAACACCAAAUCACAACAGACAUGGCGAUCAUCUACCUGUCGUCGGGCCUGACGUCCCGUGACAGUUCGGAGCAGGAGAAGAGGGCGACUCUCAGCAUGGUGAAGGAGGAGAACCGCCACUUCAACAACUCUGUGAUGAUUCUGACCUACGCCCUCAUGAACGAGGGUGUGACGGGGCUGAAGGAGCUGGCAUUCCUUCGGGACCUUGCGGAGCAGAACUCGGUGAAGUACGGUUUCCCUGACCGCUCUAGCCAGCCGGUGGUGAAGGGGAGCAUGAUGGUGCUGAACCAGCUGAGUAACCUGGAGACCAGCGUGGGCCGCUUCUACAUCAACCUACCCAACCGCAUGAUCGACCAGGCCUCCUUCAGCCUGCCCUAUGCUGACCAGAUGGGCGAUGGCUUCAUCAUGACGGUCAGCCGGCCAUGUUACUUUGGCAACCUGCUCCUGGGCGUGGUGGGGGUGGAUGUGAACUUGGCCUACAUCCUGGAGGACGUCACCUACUACCAGGACUCCCUGGCCUCCUACACCUUCCUCAUUGACAACAAAGGAUACACACUCAUGCAUCCUUCACUGACCCGUCCUUACCUGAUGACCGAGGCACCGCUGCACACCGAUAUCAUCCACUAUGAGAACAUCCCCGGCUUCCCCGCGGUGCGGCAGAACAUCCUCAGUCUGCCUCUGGGCAGCCAGGUCAUCGCUGUGCCGGUCAACUCCUCACUCUCCUGGCACAUGAACCGCCUCCGAGACACCAGCAAAGAUGCCUACAACGUCAGCUAUGCGUGGAAACUGGUGCAGGACACGUCGUUCAUCCUGUGCAUCGUAUACGUGCAGCCAGAGAUCCCUGUGAAGCAGCUGAAGAACCUCAACACGGCGGCCAGCAGCAAGCUGCUCUACCACCGUCUGGACCUGCUGGGACAGCCCAGCUCCUGCCUGCACUUCAAACAGCUCGCUACCGUUGAGUCUCCUACUGUGAUGCUGGCUGCUGGAAGUUUCUCUUCCCCCUAUGAGCACCUGAGUCAGCCUGAGACCAAGCGUAUGGUGGAGCACUACACCGCCUACCUCAGUGACAACACACGCCUAAUAGCCAACCCUGGACUCAAGUCUUCUGUCAGGAACGAGGUAAUGGCUACCAGUCACGUCACCGAUGAAUGGAUGACCCUUAUGGAGAUGAGCAGCCUCAACUGCUACAUUGUGCGCCGUUACAUAGCAACACCCAAUGGGGUGCUGCGGAUUUACCCGGGCUCGCUCAUGGAUAAAGCUUUCGACCCGACCAGGAGACAAUGGUACCUACAUGCAGUGGCAAAUCCUGGCCUCAUCACGUUCACAGGCCCGUAUCUGGACAUUGGAGGAGCAGGAUACGUGGUCACCAUCAGCCACACCAUUCACGCCUCUAGUUCAAAGAUGGCGCCAGGCUCCGCUGUGGCAGUGAUGGGCAUCGACUUCACCCUGCGCUACUUCUACAAGGUGCUGCUGGACCUCCUCCCCAUCUGCAACCAGGACAAGGGCAACAAGAUCCGGUGUUUCAUCAUGGAGGACAGAGGUUACCUGGUGGCCCACCCCACCCUUAUUGACCCCAAGGGUCACGCCCCUGCUGAGCAGCAGCACAUCACUCACAAGGAGCCUUUGGUAGCCAAUGAUAUCCUGAAUCACCCUAACUUUGUGAAGAAGAACUUGUGCAACAGCUUCAGUGACCGCACUGUGCAGCGCUUCUACAAGUUCAACACCAGCAUCGUGGGUGACCUGACCAAUCUGGUUCAUGGCAGCCACUGCUCUAAGUACCGGCUGACACGCAUUCCUGGCACCAACGCCUUCGCCGGCAUCGUCAACGAGACGUGCGACUCACUGGCCUUCUGUGCCUGCAGCACGGUGGACCGCCUCUGCCUCAACUGCCACAGGAUGGAACAGAAUGAGUGUGAGUGUCCGUGUGAGUGCCCCCUGGAGGUGAACGAGUGCACCGGCAACCUUACAAAUGCAGAGAAUAGGAACCCGAGCUGUGAGGUGCAGCAGGAGCCCUUGUCUCUGACUGUAAUUGAUCCCAGCCUGCAGGACACGCUGCCCCAGUGCAUCAACACACGCUGCAGCCAGAGAUACACCAGCAGUGACUGCUUUGGUGUGCUGGACUGUGAAUGGUGUAUGGUGGACAGUGAUGGGAAGACCCACCUGGACAAGCCCUACUGUGCCCUGCAGAAGGAGUGCUUUGGGGGCAUUGUGGGAGCCAAGAGUCCUUAUGUGGAUGGGAUGGGACUACUAGAUGAAGAGGUGGCAUCUCUCAACAUGAUCAAGAGUGCGCCGGUCGGGCCAGUGGCUGGGGGGAUUAUGGGAUGCAUCAUGGUGCUGGUGCUGGCGGUAUAUGCGUACCGUCACCAGAUCCACCGGCGCUCACACCAACACAUGUCGCCGCUGGCUGCCCAGGAGAUGUCCGUCAGGAUGUCCAACCUGGACAACGAGAGGGACGAGAGGGACGAGGACAGCCAUGAAGACCGAGGCAUAAUCAGCAACACCCGCUUCAUUGCUGCAGUCAUCGAGAGGCACACACACAGCCCAGAGAGACGCCGCAGAUACUGGGGCCGCUCGGGGACCGAGAGUGACCACGGCUACAGCACCAUGAGUCCUCAGGAGGACAGUGAGAACCCGCCCUGCAACAAUGACCCCCUCUCAGCCGGAGUGGACGUGGGCAACCACGACGACGACCUCGACCUGGACACGCCCCCGCAGACGGCCGCGCUGCUCAGCCACAAGUUUCACCCGUACCGCUACCCCCACCACCAUCCGCUCCACACGCACACACACACGCACCACCUGCAGGCGGCCGUCACCGUGCACAGUGUGGAUGCUGAGUGCUGAUCCAGAUGAACCCACACCCACCACCCAACUCCUGCUCCCCACACAUCACCUUAAGACAGCCUCACCACUGCAACCCACUCAGCAUCCAUCAAAGCUCCGUCAGCCCUCCAUCCCCAGGUGAUUGAUGCUUUGGCAACCCGCUAGAGGUGAGCAGAAGCUGGGGAAUGGAGAGGACCAGCUCCCCUUCUCUUCUCUGUCAGUACUGAGAGACCUGACUGGACUUAUCAAGAGGGUUCUGUCUGAUGUCGGAUUGCGUUUGGUGGCAGGGUUGCUGGUUGUGAACUUGUUUAAAAUUGUAUACAUAAGCAUCUCAGAUUUUUAAAGACUAAUAGAAAAAAAUAGAAGAUCAGAGGAUUAUUUUUCUACUAUUUAUUUAACUGGAAAUGGAACAGGGAUAAGUCCAUUGGAGGAUCGGACACAGACUGACCGGCUGAAGUGGACAGAGUGACCUGAGGGCUGAACUAACAUCUGGGCUACUGGACAAAGCUUAUGUGGGACUAAAGCUCAUCUGCCCAUGGACACAAUAGAGGAGGAUGGGGGACUCCGCUCCUGCUCCCCUGCUGAUUUGCCACUUCUUUUGCUGUGAUCAUUUUUCAAAACGGACGGGGGGAAAAAAAACUGUAUUCUUGUGCAAAUGAACUAGGCCCAGGUUGCUGUGUACAAAGCGAUGAAAGGAUAUUCCAAGGCUGCCCAUCUGUGUGAUGGCGCAUGAGGUGUUUGGAGUCGGGGAGAGUGUUGGCCAGAUUGCCUGAUGCCGGUCCAACGGUAGUGUUGCGUCACUCGAGGCGCGGAGGAGAGAUAAAGAGACUACAGAAACCUUUCUCUACGGAGAUCACAUGGCUUCCCAAAGCACUCGCUUUCUAAGCCCUGAGAGAGAGGACUAAUACCGAGACUUAUGACCGCCAAUAAGCUGGCUCUGUAAUUUGUCUGCAUUAUGGACCUGUGUGUGUGUGUGUGUGUGUGAGAGAGAAUGUGAGAAUGCAAAUUAAUCUAUAUGAAAGUGAGUGAGUCUUUUUUUUUCUGCAGCAAUUUGUGCCUGUGCAAGACAGCACCCAAGCGUGUGUGUGUGUGUGUGUGUGUGUGUGUGUGUGUGUGUGUGUAGUGGGUCAAAGUGGAUGGCGUGCAAGCAAGUCAUUGCGCAGUGUUGUUGUGAGUGUGUGGGUUGGUUAAGUUCAGAUGUACACAGCCGCAGAGAUGAAGCAUCUUUACUGAGGGUGAUGCCACACACUUAUUUUAAAAUUAUAAUUAGACGAUGAUGAUGGAACAGCCUGUUUCUCUCACUCACUCACACACACACACACACACACAGGCACACACAACUGAUCCAAAUCAUUCUGGCUCCACCCAAUGCCUCUAGUUGUGUGAUAGUACUGUGCUCAUGUCAGUGUGGAAGCAUAAUUGUAUGGCCAUUUUGUCAUUUUGUCAGCUGUAAAGUGUGUGUGUGUAUAUACAUCUAAAGUCUAACAGAUAGCUAUACAUGUGAUGUAAACUUCACAAGCCUUGCAUUUGUUUUCAAAGUUUGUUUGUAAAGUGAGUCUGGCGGUCAUUUUGAAUGUCCAUUUCUUGGGGGAAGAUGACCAUUUUGUGAGCAUCAGCAUUUAGAUUAGUAUUCAUAGUAACAGGAACAGUCGAGUGCUCCGCGCAGCCCGAAGGUGGCUGUCGGGGUGAGAGCCAUGUCUUGUGAACAGAUUGAAGGCGGUGAUGCUACAGCCGUAUAACAAAAUAUUUAGGUUUCUGGAUGAGACCAUUUUUCAGUUCACAUCCACUGCUGCUGCCAACACCUAACCACCACUGAGAUUACAGAUGUUUUAUUUUUAAAAGACAAUUUUAAGGUUUUUCUCCCUCCAGAAAGAUCAAUAACAGUAUUUACCAGCUGUUUUUAAACAAUCAUAUCUGUGUGUAUACUGACACUAUGAAUUGCAUUAAUUGUACCUGAAGGAAAGUUGAGUCUGUAUGCAUCAUUCCUUUUUUAUGUUCCCUUAUAUAACAUUAUACAGAUAUGAAAUGGCCAUUUAUUGCAAAGUGAAUGUGAUAAAAGGUCCACUCUCAA